AUGGAUCUCCAAGAGACCCAGCGUCUCCUUUCCGAGUAUCUACACGAACUCGCGGAUCUAUUCCACCGCGUGCCUGGCUCCGCAAUCUUUCUCCGCUAUGUGAAAUCAAGUUACCAGGAUGACCCAAUCCGUUCUGCCGUUGAGCUUUUCCUGUUCCUCUUCGCCGUGCGAUAUCUCCUAGCACCCAAAUAUUCUACCAAGCCUGGCGUCGUGCCACUCACUGAAGAUGAGAUCGAUGACCUUGUGGAUGAAUGGACCCCUGAACCUCUCGUCGGCAAGCCCACAAGCUUGGAAGAGAUGGAAGUCGACAAGCGAACAGUGAUUGUUGGCCCCGUAGGUCCCAAGUCGAAGCUGGCGAACGGCCGUACAGUUAUGAACCUCGGAUCUUUCAAUUUCUACAACUUCAACACGAACGAGUCUCUCAAGGAACAGGCUAUCCAAACUCUCCGCGCUUAUGGCGUUGGCCCCUGUGGACCCCGUGGAUUUUACGGCACACAGGACGUUCACAUGAAGACCGAAGACGAUGUGGCUUCCUUCUUGGGGACCGCAGCUUGCAUUCUCUACUCCCAAGCCUUUUCGACCAUCUCGAGUGUUAUCCCCGCUUUCUCGAAGCGUGGAGAUAUCAUUGUUGCGGACAAGGGGGUCAGUUUUGCGAUUCGCAAGGGUAUCCAAAUCUCUCGAAGCAUUGUCCGGUGGUAUGAGCACAAUGACAUGGAGGAUCUCGAGCGAGUGCUCGCGAAGGUCACCAAGGAGCAGGCCCGAAAGCCAUUGACUCGCAGAUUCAUCAUUACAGAGGGUCUGUUCGAGUCUUAUGGCGACAUGGCGGACCUGCCCAAGAUCUCACGGCAGAUCGAGCUCCGGCUCAAGUACAAAUUCCGUCUCAUCCUCGAUGAAACCUGGUCCUUCGGUGUUCUGGGACGCACUGGCCGUGGUAUCACAGAGCACCAGAACGUCGAUGCUGCCGAGGUUGAUAUGAUUGUGGGAUCACUGGCUGGUCCUCUUGUUGCUGGUGGCGGCUUCUGUGCUGGUUCAGAGGAGAUUGUUCACCACCAGCGAAUUUCGGCUGCCGCCUAUACCUUCUCCGCCGCCCUUCCUGCUCUACUCUCGACUACUGCUAGCGCUACUAUCAACAUCCUUCAGAACAGCCCCGAGACAGUGUCACAGCUUCGGGAACUCACUAAGGCUAUGCGGGCCCAAUUGGAUCCUCGCAGUGACUGGGUCUAUUGCACGAGCUCGCCUGAGAACCCCAUUCUCAUUCUGGUCAUCAAGCCCGAGGUUGUAGCUACUAAGCGACUCACAGAGACCGAUCAACAGUUCUUACUACAAGAUAUUGUCGAUGAGUCUCUGGCCAACGGUGUUCUGAUCACCCGGCUGAAGACGCUCGAGGACAACUUCCAACCCAAACAAGUUGUCCCACCAUCCCUGAAGGUGUGCGUUACUACCGGUCUCACGAAGAAAGAGAUUGAAAAAGCAGGAACAAUCAUCCGACACGCCAUUACCAAGGUGAUGAGCAAGAGGAAGUAA